UCGUUCGCGUUGUGCAACUCGAUUUUGUAUUGAUUUUGACGAAAUUUUGGCGUGUUUCUGUGAAAGUUAGUUGUGUUGAUAGAAAACGAUUUGUAAUUGAUAGAAAAGUGCGGAUUUAGUCGUCAAAAUUGUGAAUGUUUUAACGAUUUUCUAGUCGCAAAACAUUCCCCAAACCCACACAAUCAAAGGCGAUCGUGUUGAGAAAGCAAAGUUCGGUUGGAUAUUCGUGUUGGUGUAUGUAUUUUUUUUUUCUGCUGGCCAAAACUUGCCCGCAAGUCCGUCAGUUUCUUCACACCUGCGCAAUCGUCCGGAUCGUGGUCGUUUUGCAGAAAGGAAGAUUUUCACUCCGUCCGUAUUUUUUUGAAUAGCAGAGGAAAAAAGUUGCUUCAAAUUUGAAAACCGUCCCUCGAAUUUUAGUAGAAUUUGCACCGCGGAAUUGGUGUCGCGCCGCUUGAUUGAGUCUGAUUGGCCACUUCCGGUGGAACGCAGGGGGAGAGAAUCGUCAGAUUUCAUUCCGGUGUGAAUUCAGUGUGUGUUUGGUGAGGCAGGAAGGCAAAGAAAAGUCAAUAAAUCUUGGCCAGAAACUGGAUCUGGGUUAGAAGUGAAAAGUGGGCAGCGAAAUAGUUGUGAAUUAUGGCUUAAAUAAAGUGGAGUAAAGUUUGCUUGCUGAAGGGGGAGGAAGAAUCGUGUGAAAAUGAGUACAACUCCGUCGCCGGAGAGUGAGGAGUUUCCCGGAAGGUUGCUGCACCAGGCCGCCCUCUGGGACAAUGUCGAGCUGCUGGAGGACCUGCUGCAGGAGGAAACGCACCUGAUCGACUGUCUGGACUCGUGGGGCCGGGCACCGAUCCACGCGGCGGCCAUCACGGCCGACUCGCGCUGCCUGCCCAUGCUGAUCAACGCCGGGGCGAACGUGGACGCGACCUGUGGACCGCGCGGGGACAGCAAGACGGCGCUACACCUGAGUGCCGAGCACGGACACGUGAGCAACGUGCGGGUGCUGCUCGAUGCCGGCGCGUCCUUUGUGGCCAAGGACAAGAACGGACUGACGGCGCUGGAUUUGGCGGAGCGCAGCGGGCACGACACGUGCGUCGGACUGCUGAAGGAGGCGGCAGACACCCGCGAGCAGAUACGAUCCCAGAAGCACAAAAAUCUGCGCGAAGCGGUCUCCUCCUCGGAUGACACGCUGGUCCAGCUCCUGCUGGACAGCAUCGGUCCGGAGCGGGAGAUUAUCGUAAACAUGGCCCCGGGCGGGGCGAACACGCUUUUGUUUAUUGCCUCCCAAAACGGAUCGGAGCGAAUCGUGCAGCAGUUACUGGAAGCCGGUGCCGACGGGAGGGCACAUGCCGUGACCAAGUACUCUCCGCUGUACACGGCCGUUCACAACGGGCACUCGAAGGUUGCCGCCACGCUGCUGCAGCGCUUUCCGGAGCUGGUCCAGCAGCUUACUGUGGAACGAUGGCUUCCGUUUCAUGCAGCUUGCAUCAACGGACACUGUCCGGUGGUGGAACUGCUUAUCAAGCACGUCUAUCCGGAAGAGCUGAUGAGCUCGUUUAGCCCAACUAAAUCGCCUACUUCCAGAGACCCAUCCGGAGAGCUCGAGUGGCGCCUAGCCUUCGAUCCAAACACCCAAGACGUCACCGGCCAAACCGCUCUCUACGUCAGCUGCCUGCUCGGGAACCGUCAACUGGUGGAGAUGCUCCUGAACUGGAAGGUCAAAUGUGUCCGCCACUCGCUAGACAUCGAUGACGGUCGAGAACUUCCGGCGCCCUCCUCCAACCCGCUCAGCCCCACCAACCGAAGGAUCUCGUUCGGGAUUCAGUCGAUCAUGUCGCGGCUAAGUUUGGGCCGCGAUCACGGCGAAGGACGGGAUGAAAAUACGGAGAUGCGAUGUCCGCUGGAUUUGAACGUGCUGUGUGGGGCGGCACGGGAAACGGCCCUGCUGGCGGCCGUUCGGGGAGGGUUCCUGGACGUGGUGACGCUGCUGCUGCAGAACGGAGCCGAUCCGAACGUGGUGGCGCGAGCGGUGGAAGAUCCGAAUGAUCCUAAAUCCUCGGACGAGAUCUACGGCUUCUCGAACGUCCCGCUCGCGGAAGCCACGCGCCAAAAAUCACUCGCCAUGGUCGAUCUCCUGCUCAAAUACGGCGCCAAAGACGACCAGUCGGUCGCGCUGAGCAUCGCGAUCCAAAACUCGGACGAGCAGAUCGUGUGCCGGCUGCUGUCGAUCAAGGCGCACGCCGACCCGGACUACAAGAUCAACAAGAAGGCGUUCGCCGGCGAGACGGAGUACAGUGCGUUGCCGCUGGUGGGGAGUUUUACGUACAGUUCGUUGUUUCCCAGCGUGGCUACGAUGAUCAACUGGCACAGCAACAACUGCCGGCUGUCGGUGGUGAAGAUGGGUUGGUUGAGCGAGGCGGUUCUGGCGUGUAAUCCGAAGCUGAAGGGUCAUCCGAGGUGUGCGCAGCUGUCGUUGGGGGCGUUGACGAGGAUUGACAUUUCGCAUAACUGCUUGACGGUGCUUCCGGCGGAGAUUUUGACGUUGGGGAGUUUGCGAUAUUUGAACGUGGCGCAGAACAAGAUUGAGCGCAUUCCAGGGAUGGAGGAGAUUGAUCCGGGUUCGGUUUAUCAGCCGCUGAAGCGGCGAUCUUCGAAGGUUUCGCAGUUGGAGUAUAGUUGUCCGAUGCUGGAGGAGUUGUACCUGCAGGACAACCGACUUGAGUGCAUUCCACCGAGGUUGUUCUUGCUGCCGAGUUUGUCGAUCUUGGACGUGUCGAACAACAAGCUUCAGGAGCUUCCUUUUGAGCUGUGGAAGUCGCCGAAGUUGAAGGAGUUCAAUGUGGCGUUUAACUUUUUGAAAGAUCUACCCUCGCUGCCGAACGUUGCUGAGGUUGGCGGGGACGCGACGGAGCCGCCCUCUCCGGUGACGGAAGCUUGUCUGUUCCAGGGGUAUUCGUACGAGGACAGUAACGACUCGUUGACGCGAAAUCGCUUAGUUGCCAGCUUGGAGAUCGUCAAGCAUCACAUUUGGUCCAAGUCGUUGGAGGUCACCGAUCAGGAGCUGAGGUUACCGGACUCCAAGAAUGACAACACCGUCUCCCAGCUGAGCAGUCUGAAUCUUGCCAACAACCUGUUCACCAGCAUUCCACUUGCUCUGCCCUGUCUUGCCGUGAACCUCACUCGUCUCAACAUGUCCUACAACAGCUUGCGAUCGAUGGGUCACGUAACGAGCUACCCGGCGUCGCUGAAACAGCUCGACCUGGGUCACAACGAGAUCAGCUGUUGGCCCAGCUUGCCGCGGAUCGCCGCUUCGGACCCGCACCUGAUGUGCUACAACCCGCAGGAACCGAAGAAGAACAGCUCGAAGAGUUCGGUCGCGAGCAGUGGAAGCUCGGGGACGCCGUACUCGAACGAGUUUACGGUCGUCAAAUCAAGUACCAGCUCGAACAACAUCACCUCGUUGAGGACGGCGGUGUUGAAGAGUGUUUGCGUGCAUCGGCGGCAUUUGAGGUUGGAGUCGUUGAGGACGCUGGUGCUGGCGGACAACUCGCUAACGAGGAUUCAACUUUCCACGGAUGAUGUCACGACGCUCGGAGAGUCCGAGGACGCCGAGUGGAGUUUGAUUGGGGUGGCCAAGUCGCGGUUGAUCUUCCCGAACCUCUCCAUGCUGGACAUUAGCAACAACUCGCUGAAGGAGAUCCCGCCGUCGAUUCACGAGUUGACGAACCUGAGUGUGCUGAACAUCAGCGGAAACAUGGACAUUACGGAGCUUCCGCCGCACAUGGGACUGCUGUCUCGGUUGUGGAAUCUGAACACGCGAGGGUGCUCCCUCCAGGACCCGUUGCGAUCGAUGAUCGAUAGCAAGAAGUACAAAACCAUGGACAUCAUCGGCUACCUCAAGUCGGUGUACGAGGACGCAAGGCCGUACGCCCGCAUGAAGCUGAUGGUCGUCGGUGUGCAGGGCAUCGGCAAGACAAGCCUGCUCGAUCAACUCCGCAACGAAGGCCCCUCACGCAACAAGAAGCAGGUCGAUCACUGGGCCAAACGGAUGGGCCACAAAAACAUCAACACCAAAACCAGCCGCGGCAUCAACAUGUCCACGGUCGGCGUCGACAUCGGCGACUGGGUCUGCGAGAAGAAGCUCCGCGGCCACUCCACCCACGGUCCCGUCAUCUUCCGGACUUGGGACUUUGGCGGCCAGAAAGAGUACUACGCCACCCAUCAAUACUUCCUCUCCAAGCGUAGUCUCUACCUGGUCCUCUGGCGGAUCAUCGACGGCCGAAAAGGCCUCGCCGAAGUGCUCCAAUGGCUCGGCAACAUCCAAGCCCGUGCCCCCAACUCCCCCGUCAUCAUCGUGGGAACGCACUACGACGCCGUCGGCGAAACCCUCCCCGCGAAAAAAGCCGAAGAACUCCAACAGAUCAUCCGCGAUCGCUUCAUCGCCGUGUCGGACGCCGAAAAGAUCGGCCUGCCGCGCGUGCUCGACUCGAUCGAGGUCAGCUGCAAAACCGGCCACAACGUCAAACUGCUCGCCAACCUCAUCUACGACACGGCGUUCUCCCUGCGAUCACCCGGCUGCAAGGAUCUCCUGCUCUACCAACGCGUCCCCGCCAGCUACCUCGCGCUGGAAGACGUCGUUGGAACCAUUUCCUCCUCACUGCGCCAAUUCGGAGCGGACCCGGUCCUGGACUCGGAUCGCUACCGGCAAGCCGUUACGCAGGAGAUGCAGCUGCGGGGCUUCAAGGGAUUCCGCGAUUGGUCCGAGCUGAAUCAGGCGACGAUGUUCCUGCACGAUAAUGGGGUGCUGCUGCAUUACGAUGACGCCACGUUGAGGGAUCUGUACUUUUUGGAUCCGCAGUGGUUGUGUGAUAUGUUGGCGCACGUUGUGACGGUGCGGGAGAUUAAUCCGUUUGCGCGGACUGGGGUGAUGAAGAUGGACGAUCUGCAGCACGUGUUCAAGAGUUCGUGUCUGGGGACGAAUGAUAAUAGGAGCUACAUUGUUAGCUUGCUGAACAAAUUUGAGGUUGCACUUUCGUGGGAUGCACGAACGCUGCUGAUUCCUUCGCUGCUUCCGGUGGAAGAGGACAGUACUGCGGAACGAGUUGUUACUGUGAAGAUCGCAACCCGCUCCAAGGGCUGGGUCAUGCGCGCCACCCGCCGCAACCCGAGCACGACCUCGUACGAACCCGUGGUGCCCUCCGAGCCCCAAACGCCAACGCUAAACAACGCUUGCGACAUCCAAACGCUGCCCCGGUCGGAGCAAACCAUAUCCCGUCUGCUGCUAAUGUCAUACUUCCCGUCCGGCUUCUGGUCCCGGUUGAUUACGCGAGUCCUGGCGGAUGAUCAAGUUGUGGAAGCGAUUCGAAGUUUGUACCCGCUGGAGAAGCAAGCCGCGGCGGAUCCGGACAUUGCGCAGAUGCUGAACCUGUCGUCGCACUGGGCGGUUUGGCAGACGGGGCUGGCGCUGUACUACGGGUCGACGUUGGUGUUCAAGAUGCGGGAAAUUUCCGUGACCUGUCCGGCUUCGCCGUAUCGGAACCCGAUGAAUCGGUUCAAGCUGAAGCAGGACGGAAUUUGGUGUGACAUUGAUUUGACGUCGUCGUCGAUCUUGGAGAUUUACUUCCUGUUGAACGCGCUCAAGGUGAGGAAGUUGGACGAAGUUGGGGCGGAGUUGACUUCGGUGGAGAUCGAGGCGAACGUUCAGUGCGUUACGCAGCUGUUGGCGUUGAGCGUGGAUCACAUCGAUCUGCUGCUUGAGGAUUGGUAUCCGACGCUGGGAACCAGGUUUGUGCACACUUCCGAAGGUCGCUUCUUGGUGACCCGUCUGGUUCCGUGUCCAAAGUGUUUACGGGAUUGCGAAGAUCGUCACGUGCCAAACUUCCCGUCCCAGGUGAAACCAACCUCGGCGUAUGGGCCGGGUCAACGACCUACGCUUCAUAAACGAUUAAGCGUAGAUCGCCGAGCGGAACUUGGGGAACCCAGCGGACUCAACGAACUCCCCGGGAUUCUGAACGACUUGGUUCCGACCCGUAAGUCCCAGGACUCGGUUGGCUGGUCGGACUGCGAUUCUGGCGUGGGACAGGAGUCGGCGGACAGCUCGCGAGCGACCUCGAUCGAGGGUCAUCCACUGGUCAACGCCGGAGACAUGCCAGGACCGCCAAGCUACUCGUGGAUGGUCGAGGAGUGUAUUCUGGCGGCGUACGACAAGAAGUCGGUGGCGUGUCCCAUCCACGGGGAGAUCGAGCUGAGCCGGAUUACGCCGGAUGUGAACUUCAUGGACCUCUCGGAGAGCUACCUUAUCAAGUCGGAGAACGUCAACCGGGGUCCCCUCCUGGGUCGCGGCGCCUUCGGCUUUGUGUUCAAAGCGACCUGCAAGACGCGCGGCUCCAAAGCGGUCAUCCCCGUAGCAAUGAAGAUGCUCCAACCGGUUGCGCCGGGACCUCGGGCCCGUCAAAGUGCCAUCAUAGCGUACAAAGCUGCCCUCGGCAAGUGGGAACGUGACCCGCUGCAGCACUCGUGCAAGGCGUACUGCACCGCCCGCCAAGAGCUGGCCGUCCUGCUAACGCUGCGACAUCCGAACAUCGUUCCGCUGAUCGGAGUUUGUACGCAGCCGUUGGCGCUGGUGCUGGACUUGGCUCCGAAGGGUGCGCUGGACGCGGUCUUGCGGCACUUUAGGCGGAGUGGAGCCCGCAUUGGGCCGUACUGCUUCCAGUCGCUGGUGCUGCAGGCGGCCAAGGCCAUGGAGUACCUGCACCGGCGGAGGGUCAUCUACCGGGAUCUGAAGGCGGAGAACAUACUGGUGUGGGAGUUCCCGGAGCCGCAUGCCGACGACCACCCCGCCAACUCGGUCCACAUCAAGGUCGCCGACUACGGCAUCAGCCGCAUCACGCUGCCGUCCGGUUCCAAGGGCUUUGGCGGCACCGAGGGCUUCAUGGCGCCGGAGAUAAUGCGCCACAACGGCGAGGAAGAGUACACCGAGAAGGUGGACUGCUUCUCGUUCGGGAUGUUCCUGUACGAGUUGAUUGCGUUGCGGCAACCGUUCGAGGGUCACGAAGCCGUGAAGGAGUGCAUCCUGGAGGGGGGCCGUCCGGUGCUGACGCAACGUGAGACGCAGUUUCCGUCGUACUGUUUGGAUUUGAUGGUGCUGUGCUGGGAUCAACAGCCCAAGGUUCGCCCUUCGGCUAGUCAGAUUGUGUCGAUUGCGAGCGCGCCCGAGUUUACCCACCUGAUUGACGUGAUCUCGCUGAACCACAUCGGGAACGCGAUGGACGGAAUUUCGUGCCAGAUUGCAAGCGGGGAGGACGAGACGGUGAUUUCCGGGUACGAGCUGUGGUUCCCGUGCUCGAACUCGCGCGUUGACAUUCUGCUCGGGUCGAACAAGGGCUGGCAGCAGUACCACCGGAUUCUGUGUCCGGCGAUUGGGACUCCGGUCAAGACCGCCAGCGGAAGUGGUUACCACUCGCAGCCGACGACGCCGCACUCGGUCAAGCAGAUCAAACUUACGACGGCUUGCAUCGUGGAGAAGAACGUGUGGAUUGGAGACGCUGAUGGAAACAUCUACGCGUUCAACGCGUCCGACUGCAGUCAUCAGUUCUCGUACGCCCUGGAACCGGCCCAACCCUGCCCGGUCGUAGCUCUAGUCUACCUGAAGCGAUUCUCGCGAGUGGCCGCAGGUCUCGAAAACGGACGACUCUUCCUGCUGGACUCAACGCUCACGCCGAGCACGUCGGUCUCCGCCGAAGGGAGCUUCGUCCUGUCCGAGCUGGGUUCCGGCGAGCAGCUGUUCAGCGUGUGCCCCCUGUGGCGGAACGAGACGGAGUGCGAGCUGUGGUGUGGCGAAACGGACGGAGCGAUGAACGUGUUUUCGCUGAAGAACUCGCACGUGUCCGGACAGCACCAUUUGACGCACUUCCAGACGCCGAUUCCGACGCGGGGGUUGACGGUGGCGUUGCUGGAGGCUUCCGACGAUUUUGUGUACUCGUACGUGGCGCCCGGGUGCAUUUUGUACCAGUGGAGGUCCAGUGGGAAGCAGAUCGAGAAUAGGCUGGACUGUUCGAAGUUGGUGCCGUGCUCGGAGAGUUUGAAGAGUAUCGCGAUCGAUGAGCACCUGAGUCCCGGGAAGUGUCAGGUCUCCACGAUGGCCGCCCUGAACGGCGAACUGUACGUCGGAACCACGUGGGGUUGCAUCAUCAUCGUGGAGAAACUCUCGCUGCGCCCCAUCACCAUCUUCCGUCCCUUCGAGGAGGACGUUCGCUGCAUAGUUCCGCUGUACGGGGGUCCCGUUCCGAUGGUGGUUACCGUGGGCCGUGGCUACCGGUCGCUGAUUGAUCGGUACACGGAUUUCACGACCGGCCAGGUGGCGACCCCGUCGGCAUCGUCCCAGGACAAACGUCUCAAGGAGGCACUGCUGAAGGAUCGUUCGAAUAAUAUGCACGCGCUGAUUUGGACCGCGGAACAUUGGACGCCGGUUUAAGGGAGGAGAGGGUGUGUUGAGAAGAUUCCUUUAUUUUUCUGUGAUUUUUUGCUAAUAGUGAGUUUUGAUAGGAUAAGUGAGAGAGCUAGCUGAUAAACAUAUUUCGCGCGCGCAUAAUAACAAAUGUUCCCAUUAUGAAACCAAGUUUUAAACUAAUUUAACAAAGAGGAUAGCCGAUUUUCCUUCGCUAAAACUAAACUAAAUCUAAACUAUUAAGUCGUGUUUCCGAUUGUGAGAUUACCCUGUUGUGAGACGAAUAAAGAAAGUGAUUCAAAUCGUAC